AUGAGUACUGAAGUAGAUAUAAAACACCCUGCUAUUGUUAUCCCUACACCGUCAGCUUCACGACUGGCUUCGAAGAUGACCGAAAAUGAUCUUCCUAGGCAUGGAAAAAUUCCAAACACGAGGGUCCAAUUAGGAACAUCAUCUUUUCUGCCAUCAUCCCAGCAGAUUAAUUUGCCCAUGGAGAUCAUCCAGAAAGUCGGCUCUGUUUCUGCGACUAACUCCAAGAGUAAUGAUGUUUUGUUGACGACAGAUUCCAUAAUCAAUGAACUAAAAUCCCUGGCUAAGUCCAUGUUGGAUGCUACGAACGCUGCUCGAAAUCGUGCAAGCACGCUUGAGAACCGUCGGUCUUAUGAGGCUUUGAUGAGUGCCAUUGAAAAUCGGUCCAAAACUAUUUCUGGAAAUGACAUAAAGGCAUCGGAAAAUAUCACCAAAUUUGCAGAUAAGUCAAUAAAAGAGCGACAUCCCAACACUAAUCCAGAUGUAAAGACAUCUGGUUUAUUUUCCUCGAUGCCGAUAUUACAGAAAUUAUCGACCACUGCUCCAGCAGCUAGUAAUCUAAACGUGAUUGAAUCUACAGAAGAAAAUAACCACGUACAAUCUCACAUAGAAUUGGUGGAAUCCACUGACAAGAAUAUACAGGAACUUGAAGCUGAGCAUAUCACGGAUAUACCUGCUUCACUAAGCCAAAAACAUUCAACGAAGCAUACAGAAGGUGAAGGGCAUCGUAUAGCUGUGGAUCACAUAAAUAAAGUUAGCAAUAUCAGUACAUUCCUAGCUACUGAUCAGGAUAGUCAUAUCAUGCCCCAGUUGCAUAUGGAUCCAACAAACUCACCUAUCGUGGACGAUAUCAGUGAUAUAGAUGAGGGGGAUGCAAAUGUAUACAAUGGGGUCAAGACUCAGACCUUUUUCAAAUCUACGGAUCCAGAUACUUAUCGGGAUAUUGUGGCUUCGGUGUGGAAGCCAGAGUCUCUCCUACGCGCGGAGGAUGGAACGACAUAUCCGUAUAAAAAAAAUAGUUCUAAUAAGAAUGGUUACCCUUCCCAUCAUGAAACUGAAGGUGACAUCCACUCUGAUAGAAGUAGCAAUAGCAAUCAAAGCUGCCCUGAUGUAUGUAAUGAAGACAUAAGGUUUUCUCAUGAUUAUGAUGACCAUGCCUUAGGUAGCAUCGGAAAGUCGAAACAACAUUCGAAUCAAAAGCAUCAGCGAGUAUUUAGAGUUCCAGCCUUUCCCUAUGGAGGUGGUAUCACAGAUGAGCAGGCUAUCGAGUUGAGCCAUUUGUUUAAAAAGGUCAUAUCAUAUGGCUGCAAUCAUUAUCAUCGUAACAGUGGUAACAACAGGAGGAUGAGCGAAAAUUUUCCGAAAUACAUAUCUAAGAAAGAUUUUGAUGCGCAUAAUUACACUGAGGUUCCUUCUUAUGCAGAGAUGAAGCCUUUCAAAACAACAUCACCCUUUGAAUUUGUCACAGAGGUUGAGAAUAGCGUUAUAUUCGAUGUCCUGAGUGCUCGCGAGAAGAGACGUCGGGAUUUUCGUCGGCUAGCCAAGCAAGGCCUUACCCCUGUAACGAUUGGAACUUUCAACCUGCGUGUUAUCAUGGACCCUGCCAAGACCGGCUUCGAGGACGAGAAAACUUUCCCUAUUGUGAAAGGGGAUAUUAUUGCUGACCGCUAUAAGAUUGUGCAGCUGCUUGGAAAGGCUACCUUUAGUCGGGCUGUGUGUUGCUAUGAUCUUCAUCGCCCGAUUUACGGAGAUGACGUGGAGGAUGCCUGUGAGGAAGAAUACGUGGAGGACGACGUCGUUGGAGCUAUCUAUGCCGAUCCAAAUGCAUGCGAAGAUGAGGGCACGAUGGAUUUGAUUAAAAAUCACAACUCAACAACGAAGAGACACUCUGGAUCCAAAAAAGAACGCAAACGCAAAGUGAUCGGCUUCGUAGAGGUUUGUCUGAAAAUUAUUAAUAACUCAAAGGACUUUUUUGACCAAUCGCUUGACGAGAUUCGACUGCUAACGCUUCUUAACACGCAAAGAGACCCAGAUGAGGUGCACAUUCUUCGUCUUAUUGAUGCCUUCUACUACAAGGAGCACACCAUGCUCGUCACCGAGCUCCUUUCCGACAACCUCUACGAAUACAGCAAGUACAACCGCGAGGAGGAGACGGAGUUGUAUUUCACCCUUCCACGUAUUCGCCGGAUUGCCCGACAAAUCGUCGAGGCCCUCGCCUAUGUUCAUAGCUUGAACAUCAUCCACGCGGACCUCAAACCGGAGAAUAUCCUCUUCCUCUCACACCGCCGCUGCAUUGUGAAGGUGAUCGACUUUGGCAGUAGCUGUUUUCUUAGCGAUCACCUCAGCUCCUACAUCCAAAGCCGAAGUUACCGUGCGCCUGAGGUGAUCUUCGGCUGCGAUUACGACGGCCGCAUCGACGUCUGGUCCCUCGGCGCGAUUCUCUUCGAAUUAGUCACCGGUGAGGUUCUUUUCGCGUCCGAGACGGCGCCCGAGAUGCUUGCCCGCAUUGUUUACGUCUGUGGGCGGCCCUUUCCCCGGCAGAUGCUUUGGGAGGGCCGGCAUACGCGUGAUUUUAUCAACAAAUUUGGCUGUAUUUACGAGGUCGGGAGUAGUCAGGCCCAUCACCCUGACAACACAGAUGGCCUCGACGUGGAGGGAAUCGAUAGCCGUGAGGAAGCACCCUAUUAUGUGUACACCCCUGUCCUCAUGACCUCCUCUAAAUUCACAAAAGCGGCCUCCAAGGGGGUUGAGGUGUCUAAAAUCUCAUCCAAGGAUUCCCAAGAGGCAAGUAGAAGCUUCAGGGGGGAUCGAAAUAAUAAUAGUCGAACCGAUUUACAGAGCACAACGGAGUGCGCGUUAGAGUUUGAGGGAGAAGGAGUGGGUUCUUCAUCUGUUUGCACAGAGAUUGAGGGCCCGUAUCGCGUGUUAAGGAAGAAAUUAAUGGAGUUUGGUAUGACUAAUGAGCCUUUUUUUUCCUUUGUCGAAGCAUGUCUUACAUUAGAUCAUAAAAAACGGCCAACAAGUGCGGAACUGCUUACUCAUGAGUUUAUAGCCAAUGAAAGGGUAUAG